UCGCGGCUCGUGCAGCAGGCACGUGUCACACACCCACCACAACUCCCGCUACCAACAUCUAGGGCCUCCCCUAAGCUCUUCAGGACGAAGGCUACCAUAGACCUUGAGCCAUGCCGAAGAGGAGAAGCUUCGCCAUGGUGGCGUGCACCACGGCCGUUGCUGCCUUGAUGUCAAUGCAAUCAAGCACCGCCUUCGUACCGACCACAACCCUCGCGUCGCCUCCGGCUGCGUUGCAUAGCAGCCGCAUACCAGUAGGCAGGAGUCGCGGCCACGUAUCGCAGUUCCAGCCUGGCUCGGACCCCAUCGGUUACAAGGUCGGGUUGGAGAGGAGAGCGCCAGCACUACCGCUGUCCCGUGCGGGGCGGCGAUCCAGCAGACGGAGCCAGGCAACAGCCAUGGUGUUCGGGGGCGGCGGGGGCGGUGGACGCGGAGGAGGAGGAUUUCGGCUUGACCCCGGAACCAUAGCCACCAUCGGCUUCGGGCUUCUUUUCGUGUUCGCCCCCGGGGUCAUCUUCGGCGCGUUCAACACGCUGUUCUUGACGAUCACCGUCGGGCCGAUCUUGUUUUCCGCGGGGCUUAACCUGUACAACAGAAUCAACCUCGUCGACGCGCCUUGCCCGGUAUGCGGGGUGGAUCUGCAGGGACUCAAGAACAAGCAGAACCAGUGUCCGAGUUGUGGGGCGAUGCUUUUGGCGAAAGACGGAAAGUUUGAAGCGGUGGGGUCGGGAUACGUGCGUGACGAGGCGGGGACACAGCGGGAGUUCUCGCGCAUGGGAGACAGCGGGGUCAUAGACGUGGACGCGAUAGAUGUGGACGACUGACUUCGUCCGUGUUUGUGAAUGUUUUGAGGGUGUGGUGAAAGCGUCUAGAAUAGAUUUGUGACGCGGACCGGAUCACAUUGUAGACGUACUUCUAAUUCUGGAGAGAUGUUUCUGCCAUUAGCAAGAAUGUCUGACCUAUGCGUAGCAUGCGAAUACCCGCUUUCCCUCGGUGGAAGACGAGCGUGGGGACACUUUUUUAAUGAGAAGCCUGCGCUUUGUGUCUGAGGAGGCAUCGUUUGAUCGGCGUCUUUGCCAGAGCUGGCGAUCCAGUUGGUUUUCCACGACUAUUUGACAAAGUCACCCAGGCCCAAGUGGUGGUAAGAAGAAAGGGUUGGUGUGUUUGUAUAGAGUGUCUCACCUUGGUCUUUCGCGUUAAAAACAGCAGACCUGUUUGGCGAACCCGUUGUCUGAGUUUGUUGUCCGCUACAAGUCAGACACAAGGUCAGUUUCACUAAAUAGUUAGCUGUCGCGUGUCGCUGUAGUGUCGAUUUCGUUUUGACCGCCAGGUGUCGAUAACAGAGGUAAAUAUGAUUGGAGAAUAGAGUAGUUUGUGGCCUUGUAUUUCUGCUGGUGUGUUCACGUGGUGCAUCUGGUGCCCCGUAGUGUAGGUUAAUCCUAUGCUCCAUCAGCGCCCCUGACAGUCAGUUGCGCUCUUUGUUGUUAAACGCGUG